AACUCUAUUUGCUUUUUUACGUUUACUUUUUAGAUAGAUAUAUUUCUUUAAUAUAUGUGAUCUCAAGUUUCAGUGCUCUGCUUUUACUGCUCUAAGUUCCUGUAACUGUUAAAAGUUUGAUUCUAGCUUUGGUUGUCGACUGCUAAGUUAGAAACGCAAAGAUGCAUUGGUUGUCGAGAAAAUAUAAGAAAAGAGAAUGUGGUUUGGAGUUUAGAAACCUGUAUAAGAUACUUGUGAGCAUUUUGGAGCUACAGGAACGGACAGAGACCUUUUAUAAAUUUAAUCUUUAUCUUUUCUUCACCUAUGCCAACUUUGUGUGUUUGGAGUUCAGAAACCUGUAGAAUACGGUAAUUGUAAGCAUUGUGGAGCUAGAAGAACAGACACAGAUCGUUAAUUGCUCUUUGUUUUUGGUAUUCACUAAGAUAAGAAGAAUGUUGAUUUAGGUUGUCAGAAGUAGCUAUAUCCCUCAGCUAAUGGAGGAAAGUGUCAGCAAGGUACCACCGUCACUAAGGCUAGGGAGCUUUAAGUCCAGUCUUUCUGGAAGAUCUACUCCAAAGAGUUCUCCUACAUUUCGGCGACUGCAUUCAAGCCGAACUCCAAGAAGAGAAGCAAGAAGUGGAGCUGGUGGCAUUCAAUGGUUUAGGAGCAAUCGAUUAGUUUAUUGGUUGCUUUUGAUUACUCUUUGGGCUUACCUUGGAUUUUAUGUACAAUCCAGGUGGGCUCAUGGUCAUAAAAAGGAGGAAUUUUUGGGCUUCACUGGUGAUCCAAGAAAUAAACUUUUGGAUGCUGAAAAGAAUGCACGACGAGAUUUGCUUGCUGAUGACAGUUUCGUAGCAGUGAAUAAUGGAACUAAUAAAACUCAGGUGUCUAGUGAUAGAAAGCUUGAUGUGAUUUUGGCCAAGAAAGGGAAUGAAGUCUCAUCAAGGAAGAAAAGGAGUAAAAGAGCAAGGCGUAGUUUGCACAAGAUGCGUGGUAAACCGAAGGCAAAAAUGAACAAUGAAAUUAGUGACUCCGAGGAUCAAGAACAGGAAAUUCUACAUACAAAUUCUACUUACAGAUUGCUUGUUGGUCCAUUUGGAUCAGUGGAGGACAGAGUUCUGGAGUGGAGUCCUGAAAAGCGGUCUGGAACAUGUGAUAGGAAGGGGCAUUUUGCACGCCUUGUUUGGUCCAGAAGAUUAGUGUUGGUAUUUCAUGAACUCUCAAUGACUGGGGCUCCGAUUUCAAUGAUGGAGUUGGCAACAGAGCUCUUGAGCUGUGGAGCCACUGUAUCUGCUGUUGUUCUGAGUAAGAAAGGAGGACUUACGUCCGAGCUUGCAAGGAGAAGGAUCAAAGUGCUUGAAGACAGAGCAGACCUUAGCUUCAAAACUGCCAUGAAGGCAGACCUUGUGAUUGCAGGGUCAGCAGUCUGUGCAUCAUGGAUAGAUCAAUAUAUUGCACAUUUUCCUGCUGGAGGAAGUCAAAUUGCUUGGUGGAUCAUGGAAAAUAGGAGAGAAUACUUUGAUCGGUCAAAGCUUGUUCUACACCGGGUGAAAAUGCUUAUUUUCUUAUCUGAAUUGCAGAGUAAACAGUGGCUUACCUGGUGUCAAGAAGAAAAUAUUAAGCUGAGAUCUCAGCCUGCUCUUGUUCCACUUGCUGUUAGUGAUGAGCUGGCUUUUGUAGCUGGCAUUCCUUGUUCUUUAAAUACUCCAUCUUCCAGCCCAGAAAAGAUGCUAGAAAAAAGGCAGUUGUUGCGUGAUGCAGUAAGAAAAGAGAUGGGUUUGAAAGAUAAUGAUAUGCUUGUGAUGUCCCUAAGUAGCAUAAAUGCUGGAAAGGGCCAGCUCUUCCUUCUUGAGGCAGCACACCUCUUCAUUGAUCAGUAUCCUUUGCAAACUGGUUCUGAAGUUAAAAAAUCAUUAGAUAUCAGGCAAGAUCAUUCCACCUUGGGUGUAAAGCAUCAUUUAAGAGGUUUGGUUUUGAAGUCGAGCAAUGGUGAUUUAUCUUCUAGAGAUUUGCGGACCAGAAACAGUCACAGAAGGAAGAUGCUGUUUGAUAGCCAAGGAACAGAAGAACAAGCUCUUAAAGUUCUUAUUGGUUCUGUUGGGUCUAAGAGCAAUAAGAUAUCUUAUGUUAAAGAAAUUCUUAGAUUUUUGUCUCAGCAUGCAAAGUUGUCAGAGUCUGUACUCUGGACUCCUACAACUACACAUGUUGCUUCUCUAUAUUCAGCAGCAGAUGUUUACGUCAUGAACUCCCAGGGACUAGGAGAAACAUUUGGGAGAGUGACUGUUGAAGCAAUGGCAUUUGGUCUUCCGGUGUUAGGGACUGAUGCUGGAGGCACAAAAGAGAUAGUUGAUCACAAUGUGACAGGGCUUUUGCACCCUAUGGGUCACCCGGGGACCCAAGUUCUUGCUGAAAAUCUCCGGUUUUUGCUCAAAAAUCCAUCUGCAAGGAAACAAAUGGGGAUGGAAGGAAGAAAGAAGGUAGAGAGAAAUUAUCUAAAGAAGCACAUGUACAAGAGAUUUGUAGAGGUUCUGACCAGGUGUAUGAGAAGCCGAUAGCAUCCUAUUGUGUCUAUUUUAGGUCCACCACUCUCAUUCUUUUAUUUAUUUUCAUUUCUUAGGAACUUUUCUAUCAGUCAUCAGCAACCCCCUGUCAUUUGUCGUACAAUUUCUUUAGCUAUUUCUUUUUUCUGUCAGGAGAUGUGAUAUUAUUGCCUUUUAAUUCAGUUUAAAGACUUUAAAAGCACAUAGAAACAAUUUUCAACUUUGUAAUCUCUCCAAUAGUAAACUCCUUUAAAAAUAUAUUUAUAUUUUGGUCGGAAUA